AUGUUUUCCCGCAUAGCACCCCGAGCUCUGCGCCUUGCAGCUCGCCCACCUCAAAUAUCCCCCUCUAUCCCGCUAUCCGGAACUAGAGUUCUCUUCCGCCGUAGUUCCCCAUCGCAUCUUACCUUGGCCCGGUCAUUUACCAUUUCCACCACCAGGCCAAAAGGUCUUCAGCCUGAUACUGAAAACCCUCAACCUCCAAACACGCAAUCACCUGUUGCCGGUGCUGCGGUGCAUGUCAAUGAGCCGUCGCCUUUGACGGCGCAGGAGUAUCUUGACUACUCAGAGCAUUAUUUUAACGUUCUCCUUGCAGAACUGGAGAGCGCUCAAGAGGAGGGCUCUGAUUUGGAGGGGGAGUAUAGCGCCGGCGUCCUCAACAUCUCAGUCCCCGCAAUCGGAACCUACGUUCUAAACAAACAACCCCCCAACAAACAGAUCUGGCUCAGCUCGCCUAUAUCCGGCCCGAAGCGUUACGACUGGAUCAUCGAGGGAGACCGCAUGCACGAAAAGCAGGAGACCCGCGAGUUUGCAAAUGGCCAGUGGAUCUACCUUCGUGAUGGAAGUAACUUGACCGAUCUGUUGAAUAGUGAGUUGGGAUUGAACCUACCUCGGGAUAUUUACUCGGAGGUUGUGGAAUAA